CGAGUUUCAGCUUGAUGGACAGCACCAUCAACACCACCUCCUCUUCCUCCUCCUCCUCUCUACUGAAGCCCAGGUACUCCCUGCCUGGGUCUGGACUGAGCAGCAUUUCCCCUGCCUGAGCAGCCGUGGGAAAAACCCCCCUUCUUUUCUCCUGUCGCCGCCGAUGGCUGGGAAGGGGGACAGCUGGAAACCUCUCCUUCUCUUCAUCUGGGAGAGGCAGCAAAUGCCAGCGAAGUAAGGGAGAUGUCAACAAACCUGAGUGCCAAUGGCUCCUCCCCCCAAGUGCUCGUGGAGGAAAACUCCGUGCAGGACAGCAUAAAGGUUAUCACAGGGGUGAUAUUUAGCUUUAUCUUCCUGGCUGGUGUGACUGGGAAUGGGGUCGUCCUGUGGGUCACCGGGUUGAAGCUGCGAUGGACCUCCAACACCGUCUGGUUCUUCAAUCUGGCCUUAGCCGACCUAGCGUCCACCUCCCUCAUCUUUGUCACGGUACUCAACUUGGCGCUUGACCUGCAUUGGCCUUUUGGCUCCGUGGCUUGCAAAGUGGCCAAUUGCCUCUUCGGGCUGAGUGUAUGCAGCGGCGUGUUGCUCCUGAGCUCCAUCAGCGUGGAUCGUUGCGUCUUGGUGGUGGCUCCCGUCUGGUGCCAGAACUACCGCACGCCUCGGCUCACCUGGGCAGCUUGCGGAUUCCUUUGGCUGCUGUCCUUGGCGUUCUUCGUCCCCAGCUCCUACUUCUUCACCCAGGUCUCCGUGGAUAACAACAACCGGAGCUCUUGCAACAACCUGGAUAUCUUUCAGGACUGGCAACAAGCCGAAGUCCUCACCAUUUGCAUUUUCCUCUAUCAAUUCCUCCUCCCCUUGCUGGUGAUCUCCAUUUCCUACACAAUCCUGGUGGUGACCAUGACCAAGAAGAAGCUGAACAAAUCCAGCAAACCCUUCUUGGUAGUCACCAGGGUAGUCUUCUGUUUUUUCCUCUGUUGGCUCCCUUAUCAUGCUUUGGCUCUGGCCAGGAUCUCGAUGGAUCGCGUGCCCGAGAGCAUGCGGCUGGUGGCCAUUCCCCUCUCCAAAUGCCUGGCCAUGUUCAACAGUUGCAUCAACCCCUUGCUUUACGUCUUCGUAGGGCAGGAAUUCCAGGAUGCCGUCAGGAGAUCCUUGCUGCAGGUCUUCAAGACCGCUUUCGAGGAAGCGCCUCUGGGCGCCAACCUCUGAGAGAAGUCAACCAGAAAAGCUGGUCUCUCAGGGUUUCCCUGGCAAAAGAGGGCAUUCUCAAACUAGGAGUGGGAGGGACAGAGAGACAAGGACUAAAAACUAGGAUGGAAGUGAAAAUGAUGAGUUAAUUAGCGCAUUACCUUGGUGUAAUGGAAGCAUAGAAUUGCUGAAUGUGCAUAACCGGUCCAGCUGUGGAUCUCUCCACUUUUAUCCAUGCUGGCUCCCUCCAUUUCCUUACCUGCGUCUACUCAAACUUCAGUCCCCAUUGAGCUCAGUGGGGUGGGGGAUGGGGGGGUACACUUCAGUGGAAAAGAUUGCCGCCUUACUUAAGCUAGUACAGUUCUGCAUCCGGUGUGCUGUUUAUCGGCUCAACCGCUCCGUUUUUUUUCAACUCGCAGCAGCUUGUGGAGAAGCAAUCCUGCUUAUAGGUGUUCGGAUGCUCUCCUCUCCAAAUGUUUUUGGGUCACAGACUCCCUGGGAAAGUGGG